AUGGUUUUGGAUAAAAUUGAAUCUGGUGUUUCACUUACAAAUGCGGGUAAUGACAAUCACUUCACCGCGUGCUUUCUCACGAUACUCGACUCGCCUUUUGACUCUAAAAAAACUCACUCUGUCUUCCUGGCAGAUAAAAGCCCCGCCCCCUGCAAGGCCCUGAGCCCCGCCCUCCUGUGUAAAGUGUGUGGCGAUACGAGCAGCGGCAAACACUACGGAAUCUACGCCUGUAACGGCUGCAGCGGAUUCUUCAAGCGCAGCGUGCGUAGGAAGCUAAUUUACAGGUGCCAGGCUGGCACAGGAAUGUGCCCUGUAGACAAAGCACACCGAAACCAGUGCCAAGCAUGCCGGCUGAAGAAGUGCCUCCAGUCUGGCAUGAAUAAAGAUGCUGUCCAGAAUGAGAGGCAGCCACGUAGCACGGCUCAGGUAAGACUGGACACAAUUGACGUGGACCCGGAGAAAGAGCACCUGACAUCUGUAAGAGAGCCCACUUCAUCCUCCUGUCCAGCAGCACCACGGCCCGUAAUCACUUCGUCCAUGUCUACACCAUCUCAACGUUCACUUAGUCCUCAGAACAAUCAUCGGUUCAUGGCCAGCCUCAUGACAGCAGAGACUUGUGCAAAACUUGAACCUGAAGAUGUGGACGAAAACAUUGAUGUGACAAGCAAUGAACCGGAACAAAACUCCUCUGAGUACCAGAUGUCUCUCUAUCCUUUAAACAGCCCAGAAAAUGUGUAUGAGACUUCUGCUCGACUCCUCUUCAUGGCUGUUAAGUGGGCAAAAAAUCUGCCAGUCUUCUCAAACUUGCCAUUUAGGGAUCAGGUCAUUCUACUUGAGGAAGCGUGGAGUGAGCUGUUCCUGCUGUGUGCCAUUCAGUGGUCUUUGCCUUUGGACAAUUGUCCCCUACUGUCGGUGCCUGAACUUUCAGCUAGCCUGCAGGGAAAGACCAACUUCUCAAGUGCUGACCUGCGUGUCCUCCAAGAGAUCUUCGGUCGCUUCAAAGCUCUUACCGUUGACCCGACAGAAUUUGCAUGUCUGAAGGCCAUUGUCCUUUUCAAACCAGAAACACGAGGCUUGAAAGACCCUGAACAAGUGGAAAACCUCCAAGACCAGUCUCAGGUGAUGCUGGGACAACAUAAUCGUACACACCACCCCUGCCAGCCUGUCAGGUUUGGGAAGCUCCUGCUGUUACUUCCUUCACUGCGAUUUGUCAGUUCUGAAAGGAUAGAACUGCUCUUCUUCCAUAGGACAAUUGGCAAUACACCAAUGGAGAAGCUCCUGUGUGAUAUGUUCAAGAAUUAGUGGACAGCACGCCGUAUGAAGACGAGGAGAGAACGUCACUGGUCGUAGGCUGCGGGACCCUCGGCAGCACACACGACUGGAUGGCGUUCAGCGGAGCCCAUCAUCAUCAUCAUCAUCAUCAUCAUUCGGCUCGUGGAGCGGCGCUCUGAAGACACCAGACUGCCAUUUAUUACAUGUAAAGGGGGCUCACACUUGGCAUUUCCUUCGGUCGGCACCCUAAUUUAACGGAGCUGUGAUGCCAAUCAUCUCCUCUUGGAAAGUGAAACGCAAUGCAGAAGAAGACAAUAUGGAGACGGCGGCAGUGAGCACAGCUCUGGUCUGUUUUUCUUUCAAUUCAAAUAGGAAUAAAGCGUUCGCAUGCGUGUUCUUGAUCUCUGUAAGCACAGCUUAAAGCAUAGAAACAGUCCGUGUUGCUCAAAUGCAAGGCACAUUUUAAAAAGGUUCAGAAAAUUGUGUUUGGUUUAAACGUUGGCAGUGUUUGAGUGUCUGAGUUUGUGUAAAUAAAUGACGCCU